AUGUCUGAGUCGAAGGACCAAGUCACCGUGCAUGCGUCCACUGUGGACUAUGAUUCUCGCGCGAUUUCUUCUGCUCAAUCGCUGCCCAAAGACGCUGCGGUGGCAGUUGCGCAGAGUUCUUCCCGGGAGGAAGAGACUGAGCGCCCUGAGCAGCCAGCGGACCAGGUUGAUAAGCAGAAGAAGGGCCGUCUGGCCUACUUCAAGACCAAGGAGUUUUACAUGGUCCUUGUUUUAGGCCAAAUCCUUGCUAUUGCCAAUACUGCGACGGGUACCUUUACCACCCUCCUCGGUCAAGAGAAAUGGUCAAUCACCGCGUUCCAGACAUUUUUGAACUAUGUGUUGUUGAACGCAAUCUUUACUCCUUACACUAUAUACCGUUACGGCUUCAAGGGCUGGCUCCGAUUGAUAUGGCGUGACGGCUGGAAAUAUAUAAUACUUGCAUUCUGCGACGUGGAAGGCAACUACUUUAUUGUGCUGGCAUAUAAAUAUACAACCAUGCUGAGUGCACAACUGAUCAACUUCUGGGCCAUCGUCGUGGUCGUGAUCCUCUCCUUCAUCUUCUUGAAAGUCCGAUACCACAUCUCUCAAGUCCUGGGUAUCCUAAUCUGUAUCGGCGGCAUGGGGAUCCUCAUUGCAUCUGACCACAUUACCGGCACCAACGGCGGAGACGUUUCGGGUGGCAACCAGCUCAAGGGCGACUUAUUCGCGCUUCUAGGCGCUACCUUCUACGGCUUCACCAACACCGGUGAAGAGUACUUCGUCAGCACGCGUCCUGUCUACGAAGUUCUCGGACAGAUGUCCUUCUUUGGUAUGAUCAUCAACGGUGUCCAAGCUGGAAUCUUCGACCGCAGCUCUUUCGCUACAGCCCACUGGAACGGCAAGGUCGGCGGCUACCUGACUGGCUAUACUCUUUGUCUGAGUAUGUUCUACAUGCUCGCCCCGCUGCUCUUCCGUCUCUCUUCUGCCGCCUUCUUCAACAUCUCCAUGCUCACUAUGAACUUCUGGGGUGUUAUCAUCGGUGUUGAGGUCUUCCACUACCACAUCCACUGGAUGUAUCCCAUUGCCUUUGUUCUGAUCAUUGUUGGUCAGCUCAUCUACUUCAUUGGCCGUCGGGUCCUCGCUGAGGCUCGUAAGCCUUGGCUUGGUUCGAACCAGGAGCGUGGAGUGGUUGGUCUCUUCACUGCGAAGAGGAAGAUUGAGCAUGAGGUUCCUGCUGCUGCGGGCUCUGGUGAUCAUGUCCAGACUCCUGCCGCAAACACCAGCUCUGUCUGA